GCUCCCCCAGGGGUGCUUCCCCCAGAACGUUGCUUCUGCUGCUUGGAAGCACGUGGAAUGCCCCGCUGCGCGAGAGAAACGAAUCCGUUACGCGGCAAAAGGGAAAUUACCAACGCAGAGCGGCUGCAAAGAGACGUCGUCAAUCAGGGAUGUAACUACCUAAGAGUACGCCUGCGGAAUGGUAGGAUUUGGCAGCUUUGCAACCCCCUUAGAAAAAGAUGAACAAGUCGAUUGGGGCAAAAAUCCCCCGCUCUUGGAACAACAGGGCCUGGGGAAACCUCCCCCAAAGUAGGUAUGUCUCAACCAACUUUGAGUACAGCCCCUCCAGUACCAUCGCCCGAUUUAAGGCCAUCCCCAUAACCGAUAGGGAUUCUACAAAAUGGCAGAAAUCGCCUCACCUUGGGGAGACACAACAGACAUUCCCAGAUAGCAACCAGGCAUUUUUCGAGCUAAUUAAAAAAAGCGCAAAAGAUAAAAAACAAAAGAAUGAUCUCUCUCUUUGGAACAAGUAUUGCAGAGAGGUAAAAAUGAGAGUGAACGAAAGGAACAUUACCCCCCGGAUGAUUACGACCUUUUUUACGUUCCUUUCACAGACGGAUUAUAAAAAUGACCGCCUGAUUAGUGAGGUGCUAAAUCGGUGCAUUUUUCGGCUGGGCGAAUUUGACCUCGUGCACAUGUGUGCCUUGCUGAACGCGCUGGGGCGGAUGCGCUUCCGGAGCGCCUACUUUUUGUACGAGGCGCGGAAGAAGUUGCUGGGCGAGGGGGGCGCCUACUUUGAGCGCCAUUCGCCUCACUACGUGUGUCUCUUGCUGAACAGCCUGGUAAGGCUGGGCAAUCUGGGCAGCAGCGAUGGUGGCAGUGGUGGUAGCGAUCCCGUUGCGGGUGAAGAGGGGAGUAGCGACGCCAUCCCCGGUGAAGAUCGCAGCGGUGAUGAUGGCUCCCCCGAGCGGCAGCUCCUGCCGCGCAUGGUUGAGCGAAUCCAGCACAGGCGCGCGGAGGAGUACAGCCUGGUGGGGCUGAGCCUCCUCCUGCACAACGUCUCCAAGCUGGGCCUCCACCAGUACUACCACCUCUUCACUCGAUUUGAAGAGCACAUCGUGAAGGUAAAGAACGACUGGAACAUCAUCCAGGUGGUGAACCUACUAACCGCGUAUGGCAAGACGUCUCGCUUAAGUUUGCCGCUUCUGAACGAACUUUUACAUUGCCCUGCACUCCAAGGUGGGAAAAACAACCGAAACUGCUGCGUUCAUCAUUUGGCGAGACUACUAAACGUGUCCCUUUCGUUUGUGCUGCAUGGAAAGGAGAGGAGAGUACCACCAGGGGAAAGCGACUCGUUACGUCAGAUUGGUAAACAGUGCGUUCAUCUGUUUCGCCAAAUGUACAGACAGAUGGACACGUGUAGGGGGAAGGACCUGCCUUUGGUAUGCCUGAUGUUAAGCAGAAAUAAAGGACUCAUCAUUCGAAGGAAGGAACAGAGUGACACUGGGGAUUCCCCCUAUUUGAUCUUCUCCCCUCCAAAGAGUACCCUCAAUAACCUGUUUGCAAAAAUAACAACUGGGGUGAAGAUACACAUUAACAGGUACAACCAUGUGCAGCUAUCCACCGUCCUUUACUGCUACGCGAGUUACGACAUCUUAGAUAGGACCCUUUUUUACCUGAUCAAGGUCAGGUGCUUAAAAACAUUUUCAUCCUUUGGGCAGAAGUCCUUUUCCUUCCUCUUCAGCGCAUUUAAACGUAUGAACGUGGAGGAUGGCGUCUUCGAAACGUCUUGCCUAAAUAAGAUGGCCCAGCUGGGCCACUUUAGCUGCGUGCAAAGCUUUGGGUUGGCCCUCUCGGCGUACGCCUCCGUGCGGGGGGAGCGGCAGCGGGAGGACCUUUCCCGUUUGGUCCUUUGGAACUUCAGCAAAGUUGUCCCCAGUGUAGAUGCUUCCAAGGGGGCGUCCCUUAACGUCGAUGCAUCCAGGGGGGCACCCCUCAGCAUCGCCACUUCCAACGUGGCUGCCCCCAACCUGGGCGAGCAGAUCAGCCGGCUGACGAGCCUCCUCGCCAAGGUGAGCAAAUUCCCCCGCGCGGAGGCGCUGGACCUCCUGGCGAGUCGCUACCCAAAUUACGAGCACACCCUGUCAACGGCCAACUGCACAAGUCUCCUCACGUCAGUGGCCACCCUGUGUGCCAGUCUAACAGAAAAGGAAGACAAGCCCUCCUGGAGGGGCUACUACCACUUUGUAAAUUCCCUAACGGAAAAGAUCCUUGCAGAUAGCAAUUUGUACAGACGCAAAGAUCUCUUAGUAAGCUUCCUACACGGCGGAGGGAAAACCUUCCCCUCUUUCGUCAAAUGCACCAGAGUGGACGAGAGAAAAAUGUUUUAUUUUGCGAAGAUUCUUAGAACUCUUUUGCCGCAUGUGUAUCCUUUCAUUGGAGCAAUGGACAUGGGGGAAGUGGCCGUGCUGGUGGAGGGCCUCAGCAAGGAGAACUACUCCCGGGAGGCCAUGGCCGCCGUGGGCUCGGCGAGUGGCGUGCGGCUGGACGAGCUCGGGGCGGCGGUGCUCCGCAGGGUGAAGCGGCUGCUGCGCGGGGAAGCAACCGAGGAAGAGGCAGAUGAGAACGCGCCCAACAUACGAAUCGCCAGCGCAGCCACCGUGUGGAAGGGGUUGCUGAGUCUGGGAGUUCACGACGGGGAGGUCUUCCAGCUGAUGGUUCAGCGGUGCAUCCUCUGCUCGCCAUGCCUGUCGUCCCUCACGUCUUUGUCUCAAGCGAUAAACUACGUGUGCGUGUACAGCUCAACCAGUGAGCCCACUUUGGGGAAGCGGCACGUGGGGUUGCUGCGCUUUUUGCUUAACGUUGCACACAGGCUGAUGGUCAACGAGGGGGUGGUUCAUCACAACUGCAAUGACAGCUGCAAUGACAAGUGCAAUUACAGCUGCGGAGAGGAAGGCCUCCUCUCCGAAGAGAACUUAGGCAGAUUUACCAGUGAGCCUCUUUGGGGGAAGGCCCUCACAGGGCUAUGCGAAGCCGUUAUGAUGAUCCUGCCCCAUGUGUGCAACGUAGGGGGGGAGGAACCUGCGGAGUGGUCCCACCCUUCGGACAGCCACCUUCAAUCCAUUGCAUUUCGACCGUUGGGCAGCCCUCCUUUGUUGCAUUUUUACCUGACCAUUUUGAAAAUGACUGAACAAGUCAGGCGAAAAAAAAAAAAUCACCAUCCCCCAUUUCGCAGAGACGAGUUAAGUGACGUGGUGGAACAGAUACGUCAGUGCGCGUUGGGCAUGCAGAUGCGCAGCGCGUACGUGGAGCUUCCCCUCUUCACCGUGCUGGUGUUGGGUGGCGCAGCAUCUUCUUAG